AUGGAGAUGAACCGUAUAAUACUUCAAUCCGUGCCACAGGUAUUUAAUUCAGAUUUUAAGAGUCCAUGUUGGUAUGAGAACAAAGUUUUACUCCGUUGCCUUCCAUAUUUUUACGUUGCCGGAAUGCCAAAAUCUGGAACAACUGACUUACUUAGCAAGAUAAAUUCGCAUCCAGAUAUCGUGCCGGUUUCAAAGGAGAUACAGUGGUGGACUAGACGUCGAUAUCAUGGAAAGAGCUUUAGUUGGUACCUAAACGAACAGACUUCGUUAGUUAUGAAAGUAACCACCGGCGGCUCAAUUUUAGCUUCUCGUCUUAUUUCAGGAGACGGCUCUGCGUCAACGCUAUGGGAUAACCACGUGCUUGAUGAUGUCGAUGGUGGUCCAGAAUACACACAUUCUGACGUUAUCCGUACGGUGCAACCUGACGCAAGGAUCAUCGGUAUAUUUAGAAAUCCAACUGAUAGAUUGUACUCGGAUUAUAAGUUUUUUCAUCGGAACCAGACCAAGUCACCGGAAAUAUUUCAUUUAUUAGUUGAAAAGUCCAUCAAAAGUUUCAACUACUGUCUUCAACAUCUAGAUGUCAGGAAAUGUACAUAUAUAUACCAUGAUGACUUGGUGAGACUCGACAUUGGGAAUUACAAUAUAUAUGUUCGCGACUGGUUGAGGGCUUUUCCUCGUCAGCAACUCUAUUUCCUCCGAACUGACGAAUGGAGAAAUUGUACAAUAGAACUUCCGAAAAUAUACAAUUUUCUGGCGCAAAGACCUCUAAGUGAUAGCGAAAUUACAUCAAUUUGCACUAAACCUCAAAGGAAUACCAACACAAGAAGAACAAAUCUGCUUGGCCCGAUGCUACCUGAAACUCGAAAACUAUUGGACGAUUUCUACAAACCUUUUAUGAAAGACUUAGCAGAGGCUCUGGAAGACAAACGCUACAUUUGGGAUUAAUCAGUAAAGUAUUUAUUAUAAAUUGGUACAACGUUGAAAUUGUACUUGGAUAUGUGCGCCAAGUAUAUUAUAUAAAACCUUUAAUUGGUAAGCCUAUAGUAAAUAAUAUAAUGGACAUCACAUCUAUAGUACAUUAUGAUACUUUAAAAAGUGGGCAAUAGCAAACCGAACAGCACGUGUACAUUGUGGAACAAUUUCGAACGAUAGUAUAGAGUUAACACACUCUGGAAAUAUAUAAAUAACAAAAUGCAUAUGGAACCGUGACGAAAACACUUAUUCCAAUAGCCACUAGGAAAUAGGGGUGUGGAUAAGCCGUAUUGUUUACGAAAUCAAUAAAUUCUCUUUAUCAUAUAGUUACGCGCCAUCUUGCAACUUCGAUUUGUUAAAAGGUGGGAAUCAAUAACGAUUUUACGCUCAAUAGGCUUAUUGUAUAUCAUAAUUACUGUUGACAAUACACAUAAUUAUAAACAA